AUGCGCCCCGCCCCGCCCCGCGCCGCGCUCCCCCCCGGCAGCGCGGUGGUACGGCCCGGCGCGCCGCGAUUGGCCGAGCGCUUAAAGGGGCCGGCAGGGCGCGCUUUUCCGCCCUCCGAUGCGGCGGCGCGUGCCCCCUCGCCCGCUCGGCGCUGCCCGGCGCGGCGCUCCGCGGGGCCAGGCGGGCGAGGGGGGGGGCGCGAGCGGGGCUCCCCCCGCGGCGCUGCCAUGGAAACGGCGGACGGCGGCCGCCGAGGGACACAAAGAGCGGCGCGGCGGCGGCGGGCUGCGCGGCGCGGCCCCAUGGCGGCGGCGGUGGUGGUGGCGGAGGAAGAGGAGGAGGCUGCGGCGGCGGGCCCGGGGCCGGGCGGUAGCGGCGCGGGGGCCCCUCGGUACCGCCUGCUGGCCGAGAUCGGCCGCGGGGCGUACGGCGUGGUGUACGAGGCGGUGUCGAGCCGCAGCGGAGCUCGGUUGGCGGUGAAGAGGAUCCGUUGCGACGCCCCCGAGAACGUGGAGCUGGCGCUGGCCGAGUUCUGGGCGCUGACCAGCCUGAGGCGGCAGCACCCCAACGUGGUGCGCUUCGAGGAGUGCGUGCUGCAGCGGCACGGCCUGGGGCAGCGCAUGAGCCACGGCAACAAGCGCAGCCAGCUCUACCUGCGGCUGGUGGAGACCUCCCUCAAAGGUGAGAGGAUCCUGGGCUACGCGGAGGAGCCUUGCUACCUCUGGUUCGUCAUGGAGUUCUGUGAGGGGGGGGACCUCAACCAGUACGUGCUCUCACGACGGCCCGACCCUGCGACCAACAGGAGCUUCAUGCUGCAGCUCACCAGUGCCAUCGCCUUCCUGCACAAGAACCACAUCGUCCAUCGGGACCUGAAGCCAGACAACAUCCUGAUCACAGAGAAGUCCGGCACCCCGGUUCUCAAGGUGGCUGACUUUGGGCUCAGCAAGGUCUGUGCUGGUCUGACAGCUCGAGGCAAGAAAGGUGGCCACGAGAACAAAAAUGUGAAUGUGAACAAGUACUGGCUGUCUUCGGCUUGUGGCUCUGAUUUCUAUAUGGCCCCCGAGGUCUGGGAGGGGCACUACACUGCCAAGGCUGACAUCUUCGCCCUCGGUAUCAUCAUCUGGGCCAUGAUUGAGAGGCUCACCUUCAUUGAUGCUGAGACCAAGAGGGAGCUGCUGGGGACUUACAUCAAGCAGGGGACUGAGAUUGUGCCCGUUGGGGAAGCGCUGCUAGAAAACCCAAAGAUGGAGCUGCACAUCCCUCAGAAACGCAGGACUUCCAUGUCUGAGGGGAUCAAGCAGCUCCUGAAAGACAUGUUGGCUGCUAACCCGCAGGAUCGACCUGAUGCCUUUGAGCUUGAAACCAGAAUGGACCAGGUUACAUGUGCUGCUUAAAUUCAGGGCAGAGCACUACUGUGCUUUGCAGCUGGGUUUAUUUACCAGGGACCCAUCAUCUCUAUUACGUGCAACGAGGGGCGGCGAAGAUAAGGGAAUGUGACAAUACAAAAGAUCCUUGGUCUUCAGGAUCUCUGGCAAUGUGAAAUGUUUGGGUGUUUGUUUUGUUGGUGAGCAGUGUUUUGGGGGCACAGAGGGGCUGCAGGGGCGCAGGCUGGGCACUGUCGUGCUCCAGACUAUUGAAUGAGAUCCAGAGCACAGAGCUGCCCUGCCCAGCCCUCCCCAUGUCCCCCUGCUCUGCAGUUGGGCUUAAUAGGAGUUAAUAGACAGCUGUGGUCUGCUGCCAAACAGGAUUGCUGAGCUCAGCCAGGCACAGGUUGGGAUUUAAAGCUAUUGUUUCCACCUAGGAAAUGGGUUUGCAGCUGGAAUGCAUUGCUUUAGAGGUGAAUCUUACAGAGCGUGUGUUGCAAGUAGUAGAAUGUCUUCAAUGCCAGGCAGCUUCUGGGUAGGUGCAUGCUGCCUGCACUAGAAACAGCUGGUAGGUAUAGAGUAGCAUAAGUUGGAAAGGCACUGGGGAGUCAGCACUGCCCUGCAAGGGGCAGACCUUUGUCUCCCUAAUCUGGGUGUUAAUAGUGAUGUCUGUUAGGGGCACGGAGCGCAGGGGCAGUGUGUGGUACACUUUGUGUACAAGAGAAAAGGAAAACAAUCCACUACUCUGAGCCAUUUGAUGCCAAACUUCAGUUGUGAGGAAUGGUGCUUGGGAGAGGAGGUUUGGCCUCAGUGGCUCGUGGGCUGGAUUCUGGCCUGCUGUAAAACACUUCUUCCUUCUAGGUAACUGUCUCAAUAAAGUAAAAGGCUGGUUGGAGUCGCUUGGUUGUAGUCAAUACAGCUCAGGUAAGGAGACUGGAACCUCAGGCCGAUCAGUUAACACUCAGUCUCUUUGCCUGUAUUGUAGCAACACUAACACUCUGGGCUGUGCUGCUUGUCUUCAGACAUUGCUCACUGUAAAUGCAGUGUACAGCACCACCUCUUUUUCAACCUCUGGGGCCUGGACAAGCUAAAAUGCUCCCUGCUGAGCUGACAGUGUCAGCAUCAGUCUGGGAGGGUAGCAUCACUGCCACUGUUCAGCCCCCACAGCACCAGGGCUCAGGCAGAAGAGGGUCCCUUGGAUCCCAAUGUCCCCACAGCUGUUGGCAUUGCCCCUACCCUGGGCAGGGUUAGAUGGCCCCACUCAUGCCUAGCAUUGCCCCAAGGGCCGUGGUGAGCUGAGAACUGAUCUCUCUUGUUCACAGUACAGUGUUAGUGCCCUACUCCAAACCUUUGUGCUUCCACCCAGUAGAGCUUUUGUUGCUUAUUGACUGUUGCAACCCAUCCAUGGCAUGAACUGGUGCAUGCAGAAGGCUCUACUACCCCCACCCCAUCCUGCUCAUGGUUUACUCUUCUGGAAGGGCCCCUUGCUGGGAGAAGUGAGCUUCCCAGCAGGAGGUCUGCAUGCAGGACAUGGAGGUGGGAGGUGAGCACUGGGGAAGUACCCCCUUCUGGCCCAUUGCAGGUUCGGGCCAUCUUCAAACCACACAUCUUCACCUCAGCUUUUGCAUUUCAGAUGUGUUUGUAAAGCAGCUUGAUGUUAGCGAGCUAGACCGUAGUGCCUUACUUAGGAGUUAGCAAACACUUCCGAGGACAAGCCCUAGGCUGCCAGCCUUUGGCCAACGUGGAUGUUUCCCUGUUAAUUUGCCCUUUUCAAAGCAUUUCUCCCUGAUGAUUUUGCUGCUGUUUGUGCUCGAUUUCCUGGACUGUAGAUGAAGCUGCCUUGUGUUUACAGCUCCUAGCACCUCUCCUCCAAUUGCUUUAGCCCAGACCAAACUUGUUCUGUGGAAUGAGGUGGCAGCAUCGGGUGUCUCUCCCCACCUGGAACUGUUGAGCAUCUUCUGCAGGCUGAACCCUGCAGAGGGAGUUUUUGGCAUUGGGCUGCAUCGCUGGGAAUGUUCAAGCUUAGGAUAUCAACUCCAAGGCUGGGACCAGGGCAACUCCAUCUCCUGGCUGGAGCAAAGCAUCCAGGUAUGGAGGGGGUUGCUGUUAUGGGGGGGAUCUGAGUGCCCUCCUGCUGCCCUUUGGGCUUUGUGGGGUCCGAGCUGAGCCCAGCGCUGGGGGUGAUUGUAUGAAACUGUUUACUUCUGACUGCUGUUUACAAGAGGGAGGAGGGUUGGGGGGUGGGGAACAAGCCAAGCCUCAGGAGGAUUGGGGAACACAUUAUCUGCACCAGCCUGCAGCAGGGCUGGCUGUCAGCACCAUGUGGGUGUGCUGGACUCUGCAGGCAGCAUCAGUCUGUGGAGUGGAGAGCAGAGGGGUUAGGUGAGCUCCCCUGUGCUGCUGUGUUUGAGGCUUAAUGGUGCUAGUGCCAGAUAAGAGUUACCCUUGUGGUCUUCCUUUACUCCUCAGGACCCAGCUCCUUCACAUAUCAGAGGCUCCCAGAGCCUUCCUGGAGCAAUAAGAUUUUAAACAAGCAUUUACCAUCAUUGUGGAAAUCCUCCGUUGUGUGCGUCGUAUGUCUCCUCUGUAUGCAGUACUGAGGCUGGGUUUAAGCCUGCUGAUUGCCAUGGGAGGAACACGAGCUGCAUGCUCCAUGCUGCAGUGUGACAGUGCCACGUCCCACCUGUGGGGCACGGGGACACCCCCUCCUCAUUGACAGCAGAAGGCUUAAACCCAGACUCCAAAGUAAAGUUAAUAAUACUUGGUAAAUGAAUCUGUAUUACUUCCCUUUUUUUUUUUCUUGCACAUAAGCUGGUGAUCUAGGACCUAUGUGUGAACAACUUUAUAUAAAUAUUUUUUGUACUUGGUUUACUUGGGUUGGUAUGAGACCUUCUAUUUAAGUUUUGAACACUGUGGAUACCCUGAUGUGUAUGAGUGGCAGAGGCUUUGUAAAUUAAGAGACGUUUGUGUGAAUAAAGCUGUUUGAUGGGGUUGAAAAGCCACACCAUUUGAAACUGAGUUCUGUGCAUUUGUUCCCAGCUGUGCUGUUGGCAACAUAUUUGUAUGGGCAGGACUCCCCACACAGCUGGAGGGGGUUACAUCCACCAGGGUUGGACUUGAAGAGC